UUUUUUAUAAGAAACCCACAUUUUUUUUGAAAUUUUCCCUGUUGCCCGAAAAACAUUAACUUUAAUAUUCCAAGUUUAUGUGAGCAUGUCAAGGGUCUUGAACUUUUUCCCUUGGACUUUUUUUUCGACACGAACCCCAACCUAACUUUUCAACCCAUGAUAUCUCUAGUUUAUAUUUUCUGUUUAGAUAAUUUUAAAUAUUUUAACCUAUUUUAAUGGUCAAAAAGAUGUGUAAAGCUUUAGGUAUGUUAAAUGUACUUGCUUCUCGUGCUUUUACAACAUCUAAUAUUCGGGCUUUGAGAUUCGGCUCGCAAAGAACUCAGCAAUCAGAUAUUUUUCAAGUUGGAGCUUUUUUGCCUGAAAAUAGUAAAAGUCAAAUUUAUCAAAAAGGGCAGUUAUUUGUUCAUAAAAUUUUUGCUUAUAGAGGAAUUAUCGUCAAGUCUACAAAUUGUGUUAUUUAUUCUAGAAGAAGUGUGAAUACACCACUUGAAGAAUCCUUUUAUUAUCAAGUUCUUAUUGAUAGUGACGAUUGGAACGAAAUGCAUUUUCCCUAUAAUUUGACUACAUGCCUCAAUUCUAUUGGAAAUAUGGAACAAAAAAAUAAAACAGAAUAUAACGGAAUGGAUAUAGUUGCACAUGAUGAAAUUCGGCCAUAUCAAAAUUUACAAAAUUUGGCUGAUGAAACGCCACCGAUUAAAAAUGAACAUAUUUAUCAAUGCUUUCCUACGCCAAAUUUGUUGGAGGAAGGUUUGGAAUUGGGAAGCCUUGGUAUGGUUCGAUACGCCUCGACGAGCUGA